AUGUCCGUUGACCAAUUCGCCGGCACUUGGGUCCAAUCCAGCCAGGAGAAGUUCGAGGAGUACAUGAAGGAAGCCGGUGUUGGAUUGAUCACCCGAAAAGCCGCCGCUAACCUUAAAGUCACCUGCAAGAUCACCGUUGAGGGAAACACCGUUCACUGGAGACAGGAGUCUUCAUUGAAAAACUACGAGCUCACGUUCACUGUUGGAGAAGAUAUGGAAGAGGAAACAGCUGAUGGACGACAUUUCAAGACAAACUUCCAUUGGGUGGGAGACAAAUUGGUGCAAGAACAGACACCAAUCAAGGACGGUGACAAGCCGUCAACCAUCUCUCGAUGGGUCCAAGGAAACGAGCUCCAUAUUGAAAUGGUUUGCGGCUCGGUGACCGCCAAGCGUGUCUACACCAAGCAA